UGGUGCCACGCCUACACAUGGCGACAUUAUCCUGUAUCUCUGCGUCCCUGAGUACAAGUCUGAGUUUUGGUCGCAUGUACAGUAUAUCUAGAGAAGGCCAAGGAGCAUUAAUUCACGACACAAAGCGAUAUCAACAAUCAGUAAAGAGGACAACUCAGAGUAUUGUCAAGACAGUGUGUACAGUACAGAGGGAGGCUCUUGAGAGCCUCGAUUAUCUCCAUUUGGAGUUGAGUAAUUUGGAUAUAUUUGCUGGUUCGCCCACUGCAACACUUCAAUAGAGCCCACUAAAGCGUGUGACUUAGAGCUGGUAUAAAUCGUGUACUGAUAUAUACACAGGAAACCUGGCAUUAAGGAUAACAAUGGCUGAGUCUCCAGUAGUGAUGGAUCCAGCCUUUGCUCUACCCGAUACCAAACCCAUAUCUAAUGGCUACACUGCCGCUGGGUCACAUGACUCUCACAUGAACAUCUCAACAGCCAAUGGAAUCGCUCAAAACUCACCCGAUCAUUUUGAUAUAUUUGAAGACAGUUUUGUAAAUUUUUCCAAUAAUGGCCCAGCAAUUAUUUACCAAGAAAACGACGACAAUUUUGUCGAUGAAUUGGAACUGGAAAGAAUCAGACACUUGAGUACAAUAGUCGAAGGACCGGCCGAAAAUUCCAAUUCCAAUUCCGAUAGUGAUGAUGAUUAUAUACGAUUGAACGAAGUGUCUUUAUUGAAUAGACAAACUCAGAAUCUUGAUGAGAGUGAUAAUUUGCCGUCUAUUCAAGAGGACGUACAAGUCGCACAGUCAGCAUUUCUUCCUGAUCCUGAGUCCACUAAUACUGUGCCAUACUGUGAGGAAACUGAUCAAGGGCUGCCUCCUCGAGAUGUCUCAGUAGUUCGACCGCUCAAUGAUUACGUGGAGGUGUGUUUAAAUGCACCUGGGGCCACCUCUCCUCUGACGUUAUCAGCUCCCUCCAGCCCAACUCACGAUUAUGACGAAGUAGAAACGUUCCAUCGAUCAACCGCCUCCCCAACUAUUCAAAUAAACUCGCACGAACUGGAUAUUGUAGACCCCUCUCCUGUAGCUACACAAGACCUUCCCCCCACUUGCAAAGCGGACACACACGAGGUUACUUUGUUAGAUAAACCAUUGCUAGCUAGGGAAGACGCUGCUCCCACCCCAAAUGGCUUCCUAGCCAUGCUGGAUGAUGUGUUGGCUUCCCCACCAGUACUUAAUGGUGACCGCCAGGGGCAGGAGAAUGAUGGAGGCAUAAUGCAGCAGGGGACGUUGGGGUUGUCUUUCCCUGGAGAAUGGCCAUCACAUGAUGAUCAGGCUGCAAUGGAUGCAUUCAACAUGGAAGGUAAUGAUCUCUUCGUUCUCCCAAACUUCCUUCCACCCGUUACACAUGUCGACAACUCAUGCUUCACCGGACAGCCUGUCUGCCUCGACACACCGUCAUCAUCCCAAUACCUGAGAUCCAAUUCCGGGUCCAGCAGUGAAUAUGUUUGCAUCUCAGACGUUAUCGAGCUACCUAAUAGAGAACGGAAUGCGGACACUGCGCAUGGGAAUCAGACUAUGACCGAGAAUGCUGUUAAUACUGAAGCACUGCAAUCGUCUGGCAAACCAGCAAGCCCUGUUGUUCCGUCUCAUCAACAAGAUAUGCCCACCACCAGCCCUAAGCGUGCAGCCAACGCAGACGUCAUCACAGUUGCCAACUUGCAGACCACACCCACACAGGAAGUGAGUGAAAACCCACACAAUGCGUCAUCCAAUCUCGACACAGGUGUGCGGCGUGUAUCCCGCCCACUUGUCCACACCCUCUCCUCCCCCGAAGGAAGUCCUGUUGUACGCCGUCGUCAGUUUGGGGAAAGUCCCCUAGCACGACGUAAAAACAUCACAAGUAGCCCGGUACAUCAAAGAGGAGAUCUCGGUGUACUGCAACCGCUCUCGCCCGAGCACGGUCUCCAAUUAAACGAUCAGUACAAUAUUCUGCGACGGACUCUCUCGCAUAGUCAUCGUAGAUAUUCUACGAGACGUCGUCCCAAUCGAAAGGGGCGUGGUCAGGCGGAGGGGGAGGCUAGUGGAGGCGGUGGUGGGGGUGAGAUGGAUAGCUCUAUAGCACAGUCCGUGGACGUGAGUCCUCCAGAGCAGCAAAGAUGGAGGGAUAUUCUGAUCAGCAACGAGGUCUCUCCAACUACUAGGAGGAGUGAAGGCUAUGAGACUCAUGUGGAUCAUCACGGCCGUACCUAUGUCAUGGAUCACCGCACACGCACCAUCGCUUUUGACGGACAGAGGCGACGCACACGGCACGGUACAACAGAGACGACCUCUGACCUCGAUGCACGGAGGCAGAUGCUCGACAGAAGGUAUCAAAGCCUUAACCGCAGUUUCCGUCGUAACGAGCGACCUGCUCCUCCAUCACGUCGCAGUCAACGAGCAGGGUUAUCCCCCUCCGUCUCCAAUACCCUCGAGGACAGCAAUAUGUCCCUCACCCUCACUAGAGAGGAAGCGGACGCCAUGUUAAGACGAGGGUCUAACGCAACGGCAGGAACGCCUUCUUCGUCCAGAAGUAAGUCCAAGAAAAAACGCAACAGCUCCGGUUCUGGUUCUGGACGACGAUGGCCGUUUAGUCGGAAGAGCAGUAAAUCUAUUUCUCAGCAAGGCACUUUGAAUGCUAGCGAUGAUAUUCUCGUUGUUAGCCCUUCUCCAAUUGGAGGGGAUCUGGAGUUUAGUGUUCCUGAUCCUUCGUCGCAAAUAAGAUCUUCAGUUUCGCCUCAGCGAUCGACUUCCGGUAGUGUGGAUUCGGAGAGUUCCCUAACGAGGAGCUCGGGGGUUAAUGUUGACGAUCGUGUAGGCGUGUCUAGUGAGCAAGGGGUUAUUCGUCGUGAAUCGGGCAAUGUGGUGACUGAAACGCAACAAGGAGACUCGGAGAUUACCGAGUUAGGUGCUCGACACAUGUCUCCUGAGAUAUCGGACCUUAAUCGGCAAGACUCCAUUGUACGCUCUAGCUGGUUGUCAGGGGCUGACCGAACAGCUGCCCAGGUUGCUAGGAGACGCGCCAACUCUAGAGUCAGUCAGAGUCAGGACAGCGAGGAGUCUGCCAUUGAAGUGUCCGAGCCCCACACACCGGCUUCUCCUCUGAGCCCAGCCUCUCUUCUGAGCUCGGUGGACAUUGUCGUGGAAGAUGAGGAAGAUGAGGUGAAGGAGAAGGAGAGUGAACUAAGCAAGGCUCUCACUUACUGUCCUGCUCUCAAGUUUGUCACUCGGAAGGACCUCUUCUCGUUUCUUAGCUCGGCUGGGGAAGCUGGCAAGAUGUUCAUAGCCAGCCGAGCACUGAUGGAGCUCGUGCAGAGGAUUAGAUCUGACAACAUCCUUCUUGAGAAGUACCAGCACAGUCGGCACUUGGUGAAUGCUCUGAACAGGUUUGCAGAUCAAGAAGCUGACCUUCCAGAGGGGUGGGAGAAGAAACUGAACCAGCAGGGGAAGGUGUUCUUCAUUGACCACGAGCACAAGAUCACAACCUUUAUUGACCCCCGCCUCCCGCUACCUAACACAGUGUUCACCUACAACACACGUGCUGCCAGUGCUAGCAUCUCCGCUACACGUCGUUCUGCUUUGUUUGACGAACAGGAAAUCAGACCGCAUCACGUGACUACAGUGUCUACUUCCUCCUCGGCUGGUGAACUAACUCCACCCACUUUGAAUGAGUCCACACCCGCUCGUGAUGAAACCACACCCACCCCAUCAGAGGCGGACGGACCGGCUAGCGGUGGUCCUGAGACCUCCAGUGGGCCUCCUACGUACCAAACACAAGUGGUUGCGUUCUUCCGUCGAGCUGAUGUAGUGGACGUGAUCAACGGUCGCUAUCAACGAGGGGUGCGGCCUCAGUUCAGGAACAUCAUAGAGGAAGUGAGACUACUCGGAGUGCCAGCACUUGAGAGGAUUCAGGUGUCGGGCAGUAUUGCAGCUUAUGAGCUGGCUCUGGUACUGAGUUUGUUUGAGGAAGAUAUUGCGAGGAUACAGCUGACUGCUCAGAACACAAUAACUACCCCAGCCGUCGUAGUGACCACCGCUCAGCCCUCCCCGACAACUAACUCCAAGAACACUCUUCAGAGGAAGAAGGAAGCGUUCUCCACCAAGCUACAGCACUUCAAGAUCAUGAUGGUGAGGUUGGGUUUUGCUCAAGGCUCUCGGCUAAAGUUCAACAUCCGUCGCGACCACCUCCUAGAGGACGCGUAUGAGCACGUCAUGAAGUCUGACAUCAAACAGCUGCAGAUAAAGAGACUCAACAUUUCCUUCAAGGGAGAGGACGGUCUCGAUUACGGAGGCCCAAGCAGAGAGUUCUUCUUUCUUCUCUCCCGGGAAAUCUUCAAUCCUUAUUACGGUCUGUUUGAGUACUCGGCUAACGAUACGUAUACGGUUCAAGUGAAUCCCACCUCCGAGUUCCUCCAGAACAGCGUAGACUGGUUCCGGUUCGCUGGACGCGUGAUGGGGCUCGUCAUAGUGCAAGGAUUUCUAUUGGACGCCUUCUUUACACGGACAUUCUACAAGGCGCUAUUGUCAAGACCCCCCAUCCUGAAGGACCUUGAGGCUUUGGAGCCUGCCUUCUACAACAGUCUAUUAUGGAUACGGGAGAACGACCCGGAACCUCUGGACCUCACCUUCACCAUCGAGGAGGAAGCAUUUGGUGAACUUCGAACCCACGAGCUAAAGGAGGGUGGGCUGGACCUCCUCGUUACCGAUGACAACAAAGAGUUAUAUAUCACGCUCAUGCUCAAGUGGCGUCUGGACAGGGGCGUGGCCAAACAGAUGGAGGUACUAAAGAAGGGUUUCGCUGAAGUGAUGCCUCCCCACCUCCUGGUUGACUUUGAUGCCAGUGAGCUGGAGUUCAUCACAGCUGGCACUGUGGAAAUUGACGUGGAGGAUUGGAAGACACACACUGAGUACAGGAACGGCUACCACGCGGCUCACCCUGUGAUCAUGUGGUUCUGGAAGGCCAUUGAGAAGUUCACUAACGAGCAACGACUCCGACUGCUCCAGUUCGUGACUGGUACCUCUAGCGUACCCUUUGAGGGCUUCAAGGCUCUACGUGGGAGUAACGGACCCAAGAGGUUCACUGUGGACUACUUCAAUGAUGCCAACGCCUUCCCAAGGACUCACACCUGCUUUAACAGGAUUGACCUCCCUCCGUACGGAACAUACGACACUCUUUACGACAAGCUGUUAUUCGCUGUCCAAGAAGGCGGUGGAUUUGGAAUGGAAUAAGACAUGUGCACUAUAAAAACUACAUGUACACUUUUACUAGUCUUGCAAUUUUGUGUGUGUUUGUGUCAUUUAAAUUUAAAUUUUAUUUUGAAUUCACACCUGUAUCUACGCUAUGUGUGAAUAUUAUGUACAUUAUUAUUUGGAUGAAAUUAAUUUGAAUUGGCUGAUUGGAA